CCAGACUCACACGCACCCGACCAUUCAAAUGGUUCCUGAGCAAUUCGUUCCGGCAAGGCCAACACUGCUGUUACUAUCAUUCAAUGUUAUACUUGGAUGUAUCUUGUAUUUACUGUGUCUAUUAUCUUUUGACGAGAUGUUCUAGUAAUAACUGAUGCUGGGCGAUACAAAAAUGUUCUUUGCAACUGUUCGGCAAAAAAUAUUAUGCUUUCUUUGUAUUAGCCAAUUGACGCCUAGAAUUUUCAAACUUCUAUUUUCAACCUUAUUUUUUCCUCUUUCAGUGAAAGCACGAGCUUUUCUGCUUAAUCCUGACUACUACUAUAGUCCAUUUUCUUGCUUCCCUUUCUAUUCGUCAUCAAUUGUACAUUUAUUUCGUAACCUAAGCAAUGUCUUCUUGGGAAUUACAAGUGACACCCCAAGAAGUGAAAUACUUUAAGCAAUUAUUUCAGGUCGCCGGUCAGGCGCAAGAGGGCAUUGUCACUGGCGCUGAAGCCGUUCGAUUUUUUGCUGGUUCUGGUGUACCUAAUCAAAUAUUAUCAGAGAUCUGGGAAACUGCUGACAGGGAUAAAGCCGGCUAUUUGACUGAAGAAACUUUCGCUAUAGCGUUAAAGUUGAUCGCUUGUGCUCAACAUGGAAAAGAACCUAAUGCUAAUGUGUUGUCUACAGUGGUCCCUCUGCCACAAUUCGACGGAGCAAACGGUAUCACUCCUAGUCCCUACAUUUCGAAAGCCUCUCCAUUACCGACUUCAGCUUCCUUGAGAUCAGCAGCAACAGUCCCUAGCAACAACAGUGAACCUGUGAUUACGCCUCAGGAGCUCGAAAAAUAUCUAAAUAUUUUUAAAUUACAUCAACCCAUCAAUGGUAUUUUAGAUGCCAACACAGCCAAGUCGAUUUUCAUUAAAUCCAAGCUUCCAACGGAUGUUUUAGGUCAAAUUUGGAAUUUAGCCGAUGUUCGUCAAUCAGGAACUUUAAAUCAAACCGAAUUUGUUAUCGCUAUGCAUUAUAUUGCAAAACUUAUGGAUGGCACCAUUUCAACUUUACCUGACAAUUUAUCACCUGCAAUAUACCAGUCAGCAGUUGGGAGCAGUAAUAUUAACAAUACAGUACCACCUCCACCUCAAUCGCCUUUAGCACGUAGUAUGACAGUUAGCUCACCUGCCUUCCAAAAUGCUCGUCAACAAAGUAUGAUGACGCCACCUCAACGUGCUCGCACAAUUGAUUCACUCGGAAACCUCGCUUUUGGCAGUGCAAGCUUUUCAGAGUUUCCCACUACAUCUACGACUUCCUAUCAGCAACAGCAUUGGGAUGUCACAGCUGCUGAAAAGCAACAGUUCGAUUCUUUCUUUAAUAAGAUUGAUUCAGGAAACACAGGCGUGGUUCAAGGCAAAGAGGCCGUUGAGUUCUUCAAAAACUCGCGCUUACCUGAGACAGAUUUGGCUCAUAUUUGGGAUUUGGCCGAUAUACAACAACGAGGAGCAUUAUCGCGUGAUGAAUUUGCAGUAGCGAUGCAUUUGAUCCAUAAAAGAUUGUCAGGUGAAGCGCUACCAAAAGCUUUACCUCAUAGUUUAAUUCCACCUUCCCAUCAUACUUCUGCCGCUGCUAAUGUUGCUGCAGCUGCAUUCACACCUACUAUGAAUAAUCAACAAAAAGCAGCUGCUUCCUCUGCACGACAGCCUACCAAUCGCUCUCUUCUUGAUGAUGAUGGUACUAACAACGCAGAUUUGUUGGGAGAUUUUGCCGAUGAUAAAAUAUCAGCAGAAACCAAUCAACUCAAUCUUAUGCAAAACCAAAUCUCAUCGCUUUCACUGCAAACGAGAGAAGCGAAACAGCAAACGAUCGUUGCCGGCAAUACACUCGAACAACUUCUCCAACAAAAGAAAGAACUGGAAGCUCAAUUAACCAAUGUACGUAUGACACAUGAAGCGGCUGUAAAAGAUCUUAAUGAAAUUCAGGAAACGGUUCGUCGAGAAGAAGCGGAAUGGAACAAAGUUAGGGUCGAAUAUGAAGCAGCACAAAAUAAUCUGACGAAUAUGCAAAAUGAAGUGACACAACUUAAACAGACAUUGGAAAAUGGACGUUCGGAAACAGAACAAUUAAGGCGACGGGUAGCUGAAAUUCAGGAAGAAACGAGGAAUGUGCACGCUGAAUUGGAUAACAUGAGAUCUCAAACAAAACAACAAGGAAUGAUGAUUGAUAUUAAUCGUAGACAAGUAACAGCGGCAGAACAGGAUAGAGCUCAAGCGAAACGUCAUCUGGAAGAUUACAAAGUAGCAGCCAAUUUGACAAAGGAUGAGAAUGACGAUGGUAGCAGUAGCAACAGUGAUGAUAACGAAGACGGUACAUUUAGUAGUGAUCUACCAAAGAAGAGCCCUGUACAAUCACCAUCACUGCAACAAUCUGAUAUGUUUGGUAAUAGUGGCGUUGGUAGAUCGAUCACUAACUCAACUUCUCCACAUACAGAAAACUCUACUAUGUCAUCACUGGCAUUGGAUAAUUUAUUCGGUAUUUCUUCGACAUCUCCUGCUUCGGUAAACGCACAAGCGCGAAACUCUUCAUCUCCUUUUAUGGAAUCUAACAAUAUAAGCAAUAAAACAAGUGGCAGUGAUUCUUUUGAUCUGUUUGCUUCUAAUAAGGUCAACGCACAUGUAUUUAGUACCCCCGGUACGGCAUCCACUGCUAAUGACUUUGAUGCUAUAUUUGGCAGUUUUGCCAGCCCUUCACCCACUGCUGCAUCUGCCACUAUUCCAGCACACUCUAAGUCACCAUCUGCAGCUUCAACAACAAAUGAUCCCAUGUCCUGGGCAACUACUGCUACUUCAUCAUCGCCCGUAACUUCACCUUUCAUGACUUCACCUACUGCUAAAAGUACACGUGGGCCUCCUCCUCCUCCUCCACCUCAAAGCAGACAUCAUAGACAACCUUCAGAAAGCGUCAGCUCAAUCGCUUCUGGCGGUGCUAUCAUCGCUAGUAGUCCUGCCGCUGCUUCGGCUACACCUAAAAGACAACGUGCUCCUCCUCCUCCUCCUCCUCCUCCUUCACAUCCUUCCCCUUCUAACAACGUAGAUGCCUCUGCAGUUGCUCCUACGUCUCCUGCGUCUGCUGCGCCGGCAUCUGUGUUUUCAUCAUCAUCAUCUAUCCCAUCAACAACUGGGGAGACUACAACUGCUAUAGACCAACCAUUAUCGCAAACUAAUCAAACAGUUAAGGAGGCGAAGAAGAACACGAACAGUACCGUUGAUAAUGAUGACGAAGAUGAUGACUUUGAAGCAGCCUUUUCUGGAAAGGAAUUAUCAGAAGCCAAGAUUGUUACCAACGAAAAGGACGAUGAAUUUACUGAUUUUGACGAUGCAUUCAAAGUGCUUGAUGAUAAUAAAAAUAAUAACACAGCAACGACAGAACUUAACACAAAUGCUUUUACUAAUGAUGAUUGGGCUUCAGCUUUUAAUAGCAAUGGCGGGGCAAUAGCAUCUUUUGGCUCACCUUCAGCACCACAAAAUGCAAAUACUAAUACCAACGAUGAUUGGGAUAAAAUCUUUGGUAUGCCGUCGAACGUUGAUAACAAUAAUAACCAUACUGAUACACCUACCUCUGCCCUCAAUAAUAACGUUACAACUAAUGCCGCUGCAGAUAAAGGGUUUGCUGAUGCAUUUGCCAGCUUUGGGGAUGAUUUUGGCAAAUCGUCCUUGACAGCCGCUAUUUCAUCACCCUCGUCUCACAAUAAUACUACGACUGCUACAGUGCCAUCACCUCAAACGACAGUCAACAGUGGUGUUCAACAACCGCCAUCUGACAUCGGGAUUGUGGGCGAUAAAGUUGAGGAGUUAGUAAAGAUGGGCUUCGGCGAAAAAGAAGCUAAAGACGCUCUGAAUAGAUAUGACCAAAACUUGGAAAAAGCUAGCAAUUUCUUACUUGAUCAGUCAAGUACCAAGCAAUAAUAGAUAUUAAAUCUGGUUGAGCUUUUUGGCUGCCUCAAAUUCUUUUUUUGUUUCACAAUAAACAACGACUUACGCAUAUACAGGAUUGCAUGAUACAUUAUUAUGAACCUUAGGCUACUUGGCUUUCUACCUUUCUUAAUUUAAUUUUGAAUGAAUAAAUAACCAACUUUUUAAAUCUCAAA